UGCAUUUCUAUAAUAUUGUUGUAUAUUAAACAAAUUUUAAGCAUUUAAUUUCCAGUGAUUGAAUUCCCUUAUAUUUCUAUUAUUUCACAGUUUGAAUAAUUCAUUUUAAACAAUUAAAUUAUUUUAUUUACGAUAAGAAAAAAAAUAGUUAUAUAAUACUAUAUAAUUAAUCGUCUGUGCUUUAGUCAAUGGUAACACCAGAGAUGAGAUUCAGACGUCUGUGGUAACACAUUACAUGUACAUGUUGAGGCAGCAUUAAAAGUCGAUAUGCUUUUGUCUUUGUCACGAAAAUUUGAUGUUAAUUUCUUGAAUGCUUGCGCUGUUUACGUCGAAGAUCUAAAAUACAUAUCAUGUUAGAAUUUGGAGAAUUACCGAUUCGAAUACGAAAAAUCGUGUUCUUUACCUUAUGUGCAACGCAUCAAAGAUCUUGGGCAAAGGCUAUUUCUCACGGAUUACCAAAUUUUUUUAAGCGGUCAGGGCGUACUAUGAUACCAAUGGUUCCAGGAUUCCUAUUAACGUUUUGGUGUAUGAAGUGGGCUGUUGCGGAAAAUAAAAAAUCAAAAAGGAAGAAUCCUAAAUUAUACGAAAAUGAUACAUAGAACGAUUAGAAUGGAUCGAUAAUUAUUUAAUAUCAAUAGUUAUCCUUGUUCUACUGUUUUGUUGUAAUUUAAUAUUAAGUAUUGUAUUC